AUGAUGAGCAUUUUAUCAUUAAUUGAAGAAUUUUUAAUUUGUUUCUUUUUAUACAAAGGGAAUCUACAAAUGAUUCCAAAUUAAAUUUAUAUCCAUCAUUUAUCCAAUUUAACCAAAAAAAUGUUAGCCACGUAAAUUUAUUAUCAUGCCAAAGCAUAAGAUCUUCUUAUUUAUAAAUAAUAACAAUCAAUAUCUGAAAGAGGAAAUAUUAUUAUUUAAAUUGCUGCUACUCCUUUGUCAAGAGUGCAUAAAAAAAUAAAAAUAAUUUAUAAUUACUUAGCCUUCUUGGCAGCUAUCAAAGUAGAAGUUAUGUUGAUUAAUGAUGUUGUUACUAAGUAUCUAACUGAAGUAUUAAAAAUUUAGAAAGAAUUAAUUUUAAUUGUACAAAUUGAAUAUUAAGAAGAAGGACUUCCAACAUUAGGAUCAUAAGUAGAGUAUUAAAGUUAAAAAUUUCAUGUAAUUAUUUCUUUACUUAAGUCUGAUUAUAGAAUUUAAAUGUCUUCGAUGA